CCGACCCUUGUAAGAACGCAGUCACAUCUAGUGAUUUAGGGAAUAGUCGUUAUCCAUUGUUAUCCAUCGUUAUCAUGGCUAGACAUAGUGUCGCAAUAGACGAAUAGACCUAUAUGUUCAUUUAUAUUUCACGAUAUCUGUUCGGUAUAAGAGGAAUAGGAGCUCGGAAGUGUAAAGAACGUCGCAGAAACGAGAGCCGAGACAAGGCGAAAUCCAAUUGAUCUUAUCUCGCUUCGAUGCCUGCGCUUCGAAGCUUAAACGCUUGAAGACGAUAAAUUGCGGAUAAUCAUUUCGUUUGACUUCUGGAAGAAUUGGAAUCAUGACUGAUUCGUCUUUAAAAGAGAAUAUUGAGACAGUGAUAAAUAAAGAUGAGCAGUACGAGGUAAUAGAUGAAUGCAUGGAAACAGAAACAUCUGAAAUCGUACAAGAUUCACAGGCAGAAAUCACAAUUUCUUCAAAGUCAGAUGGUACUAAACAGGAUCUCAAAACUAGCGCUGAUAAUUUAAAAUCUCAUGAUAAGGAUACAAACAAAUUGAUUCCAAUAAAAAUGGAAUAUGAUAAAGGAUCAAACAACGAUACAGAUUUUACUGCUGAUAUUAGUUUUGAUCAAUUUGAUGGACAAAGGGAGGUAACAGAUGAAGAUGUCCUGAAUCAUUUGGAUGUGAUAGAAAGUAUUGAAUUGGAUCCUGAAACCUUUGGUGUGGAUCAAUGUAUGAAGGAGACUAAUGAAAGUUUUACAAAAGAAAGUGAACAGGAGCAAAAUGAAAAUGAAGUAACAAUAAUCGAAGAAGAAUUUGUAGAGAAAAAGUGGUAUGAAAGAAAGCUUGUAGAAAAAGACACUCUUUUAAGAGAAAGAUUGACAAAGUUAGCUCGAGUGUUAGCAGUUUCUUACCCUUCUUAUGAAAGAUGGUUACAAAGAAUAGAGAAGAUAGAAGGAUCACCUAUAUGUAAAAUAGAUCCAGUUCGACGUUGUUCAUUAAAAAAACCACAUACCAAUCGGUGGAAAUUUCAAUGCAAAAAAAAAUAUAUAUACGAAUCUAUAAAACAAGAGGGCAGCUCAGAUUCUGACAAAAAUUUCAAAACAUUCUGGUAUCUUGAACCAAUGGGAAUAGGGAAUGUUAAUAUUGAUGACACAACUGAGUUUCCAUCUUUUGUGUUAAAUGCUGUCAAGAUAUUUGAAAAUUUUCUUCAAACAACUAUAUCUUCAAAUGAAGAUUCUGAGGAUCUAUCGGACAAUAUGUCCAUAGAUGUUGAUACAAAAAAAGAUGCAGAACAAGAUAGGAAACAACAAUGGUUGUAUUUGUUAGUACGUUGCAAUAGUAAGGAUGAGCUCAUGCUUUUCGCAACUGGAAAAAAUAUCAGUCGCAAUACUAUGGAUCAGUUGAAGCAGACAUAUGAGUUUGGUCUGGGAAAAGAUUGUAAUGUCAAGUCUCUUUAUUGCAAAUCAAUAAACAAACGUGAUGAUAAAAUUGUUACAACAUUCUUAGUGGGAGCAGAAGCUCUAGACGAAAUCGUGGGUAAUCUAAAAGUGCAGCUUGCGCCAAAAACAAACUUUUGGUGUAAUGCUGCCGGUGCAUGGAACGUAGCUAAAACAGUUGCGGAUAUGCUUGCACCCACGCAAAAAAUUACAGUGCUUGAAGUUGGUUGUGGAAUCGGUGUAAUUGGACUUACAUUAGCAUCUAAAUGUCGAGAAGUGAUAGGAAUUGAUUCACCUUCGGAAAUAGAAGAAGCUGAAAUGACGUGCGAAUUGAAUAACAUUUACAACGCAUCAUUCAUAAUGGGAUCUCCAUCCGAAGUUGUAAAUAAACUAAAUUCUGCGCGUGAUUUGCAUAAUAAAAAUCGCGUAACUUAUUGUAUAAUCAACGCGAGCACCAAUAUGGGUAGAGCUAUUGAAGUAAUGACGUGCUUAAGAAAAAUCAAUUCUCUUCGACGUAUCGUAAUGGUCACUACGUUGACAAAACAAUCAGUUCGUGCAAUAUUAGAACUUGCACGGCCUAUAGAAACUGGGCUAGGUCAUCCAUUCAUGCCAAUUCGAGCAUGUGUCGUCGAUACAUUGCCUACUGGACCUCAUUUUGAGGUAGCUAUUCUAAUGGAACGUAGACUCAUGCAUAGGCUCACGCAACCGUGGUUCAUCAAGAUGUUGGAAGAAGAAAGCAAAUCAUUAGCUAAUACUAAGGCUUUAGAGAAAAUAAUCAAUAAUGAUAAAACUGAAGAUGCUGAUCCACGAUUAAGAAAAAAUCCAUUAGCGAAACCUGAACUUGUAGAAAAAACCAAAAUGAUACUCUCGAAAAAGAUAACUAAAGCAGUGAAAAGUGGUUCAGGUUCAGGUUCAAGUUCAGGUUCACCAGACAAAGGUAAAACAAAAUUGAAGCAAGACCAUUCGCCUGAUAUAAUAGAAAUAAAAAAAGUGUCUAAGAAAAUUGAAAAGCCUGGAUUUAAACCAGGACAACAGGAUGUUACAGCUAAGAAAAAGAAUUGGUUUCAUGAAAACUCAGCACUUCGCAUCAAUCCAUUAUUCGAGAAAAAAACAAGAGAGAAUAAAGAACAAGUUGAUUUAAGAGAAAAAUUAUUAAAUAAUCGAAUUGACACAGAUCUAAUACAGAAAGUAAAUGAAAGCCGAGAAAUUCUUGAAGCAGCUAAAGAAAAGUUAAGUGGUCCAUCUCCUACGGUUGACGCAACGACCGCCAAGGAAUUAAAAAAUGUAUUAAGUUUGGUUCUUGAUCAAACCAAUAAACUUCAAACUCAAUUGCCACGUUCAGUGUGGGAUCGUAUUGCGCCACCUGAGCCUGAGCCAAAGACUCAAGUAAAGAAAGAACUCGAUGAUGAUCCUCUUUUAAAAGGUCGAUUUGUGCAAGAAACCCGUGCUCAGGCUAUCGUUAUCACGGCACAAAAUAAAGAAUAUUUAGAAACCAAUGAUACUAAAUCAAAAUUUAAAAAAUAUCACAACUUGGCACCACUUGAACCAGAUAAUGUAAUGCCGGUAUCGAAAAAAUUUAAAGCCGACAAUAUGCCUCAAAAAUCAUUCGAUAACAGAAAUAGACAACAAAACCAAGAUAAUUCUUGGAAUAGGAAUAAAGGUUUUAAUAGAAAUCGUUGGAAUAAUACAGGAUCAGUCAGGAAACCUGCUUCUCCAAUGAAAAAGCAGGAUUUGUCAUUUAGACAUCGAGAACCACCGUCGGAUAGAUUUUCACCAAAACGUCCGUUAUUAUCAUCACCAAGGCGUCAAUGUUCGCCGCCUAGAAGACAUCUUUCACCGAAUAAAUCGUAUCAAGCACGUGACUCUUCGCAUCGAGAAUAUUCUCAAAGACGGCCAGUGUCGCCAGUAAGAUUAAUGGUAUCUCCAUCCGAUGGUAGACAUCAUGUGUCUCCACCUAGACGUUCAUUUUCACCGCUUAACCGAGCAAUGUCUCCGCCAAGGCGAUCUAUGUCAGCUUCAAAUCGGCCAUUGUCGCCUGUGCGACGACAUAUAUCGCCGUCGAGACCACAAUUAUCCCCGCCAAGACGACAAAUGUCACCGAUGGGAUACGAUUCGUCCAUAAGACAGCUAUCUCCAGAAAGGAGACCUAUGUCGCCUAUUGGCAGAAUGAUGUCUCCAUCAAGAUCAAGAGAUAUGAUACCACCGCGCCAUCAGUCAUCUCCCAUGAGAUGCUUUUCACCACAUCGGGUAUCACAUAUACGUGGUGCAUCACCCUCAAGGCGACAACAAUCCCCGCCGAGACGCCAGGGCUCUCCACCCAAUAGAUUUGCGGACGAAUGGGAUAUACCAAGCCGAGGAGCUAUUGAACAGAGCAGCACUUGGCAACGGUCUGUUAACGAAAGACCAGAAAACGUUUGGCGUAACGAGAGGCAAUCAACAACAAGUGAAAACUGGCAGACUUCGUCUGAUAAUGAUAGAUAUCGGAAGUUAAUUAAUCAAGACACAUCCUGGAAUAUCAGAGAUUCUUCGUCUCAUGGAAACUUAUGGAAUGCAAAGCAAUCCACCGCAAAGCCCAAUAUGAAAGAAUCAUGGCAACCUUCGGAUAAUAGAUGGGCUGGUUCAUCUAGAUCGGGAACUAGCGGCGAAAAUUGGAAUCGAGGCAACGAAAGCUUGGGUGGCCGUAACAAGGAAUCUUGGAUGAAUACGAACAAGCCGCGAUGGGAACAAUCGCAAUCUAAUGAUUGGAAUCAAGGAGACAAGGAUGAUUGGAAUGAUCUUCCAGAAGAUGCACGGGAUCCAUGGGGCGAUGAAAGUAAUCUUGAUCUGAAAGAAAGAUGGAUGAACGCUGACAAUCAGAUUGCGUCAACUAGCUGGUCCAGAGAGGUUGAUAAGGGGGAUUCUUGGGCAAAAUCUAAAGACAAUUGGCAAAACAAGCCACAAGCAUUUCCAGCGAAACCAAUGUGUCAAAACAAUAGUAAUCCGAACAUAAACGACUCGCGCUGGUUACCUCUAAAUGAUAUGAAUAAGAAAAUGCCAUCAUCGAAUAAUUGGCAAGGAGGCACCAACGUUGGAGCCAAUAUUGGAACCAAUAUUGGAACUAAUGUUGGAACCAAUGUCGCGUGGCAAUCAUCAAACUAUGGUUUUCAGUCGCAACGAUCUUUUGUACCCAAUUUAUACAAAGAUCGUCGUUAGACAUUAGAUAAGACAUUUUAUGUUACAUAAUAGUUUAGCAACACGUUUUAUCAUUUUAAAAAUAUUUUUGA